CAUUCUCUAGGCAGCAAAAGCGCUCGGAUUCGGCGCGACUGCCUCGUGCCCGCUCCCGCCCACCCCUUCCUGUCCUUCGGUCCGUCCGCUAGGGGCGCGCGCAGUGCGUGGCAGACGGCCGGCGGCGGCGGAGCGCGGGUCGCGUGGCGGAGCGUGGUUGCUAGGGACACCUGAGGUCGCCCGCUCGCCCAGCAGGCGCAGCGAGGAAGCAGCGCGGAGCCGGUGCCUAGCCGAGGUGAAGCAGGGUACCCUAGAAUACUGCAGCCAUGAGGCCCAGCGUUGAAAGUGACUAAUUGUUGAGCACUAAAUGUGAUGAGCUGCUGACCAGGACUCUGCUUGGCAGGAACUCCUGUGAGGUGGUAGCUGCUAAUGCAGUAUUGCUGGGAACAGGAAGAGUACCCUGGAGACUCCUGGAAAACUUCGCACAAGCUGACGGAUUCAAUGAUGCAGCUGGUGCUAGAGGUGUGUGGCACCUUACCUGAGCCAGGCCAUGAGGCCAUGUUGCCAUGAUGUGGGCCCCUCAUGGCCUCAGCAGGAACAGAGCACUACAAUAUUGGCCUGCGCCGAGGAAACAGCUUCAAGCAGAGACGUCCCUCAGGCACAGUGUCUGCUUCACCACCUGAGAAACCCUCUGAAGUCAAAGUCUGGUCUCAGGCCCAUCAGCAGGUGAAGCCAAUCUGGAAACUGGAAAGGAAGCACGUAGGCACACUGUCAGCUGGGCUGGGCACCAGUCUCUUGGGAGUCCCACACCAACCAGCCUAUUUCUUUUGCCCUGGCACUUUAUGUAGCUCUGGGACCACAGCUGUCAUUGCAGGCCACAGCAAUCCCUGUUACCUGCAAUCUCUCCCUGACUUGUUCAGCAAUACUCUGCUGUACCGCCGCACCAACGUGAGGCAAAAACCAUACCAGCAACUGGAAUCUUUCUGCUUACGUUCCAGCCCAUCAGAGAAAAGAUCUUUUUUCUCUCAGAAGGGUCUCCCUGUCAGUGUCACUGCCAAUAAAACCACAUCUUCUACAGUCUUCCCCAUGGCCCAGCCCAUGGCAUCAUCACCCACAGAUCCAUACCUCUCACUGGCAGCAGCUGGGGAAAAUCCUUCAAGGAAGAGCCUGUCCUCUGCCAUCUCAGGGAAGAUUGCAUCUCCACUGUCUUCCUACAAGCCCAUGCUGAACAACAACUCCUUCAUGAGGCCAAAUAGCACUAAAGUGCCCUUAUCACAAGCCACAGAUGGCCUGAAGCCAGUAUCCUCACCCAAGAUCCAGCCCGUCUCCUGGCAUCAUUCAGGGGGUACUGGAGACUGUGUACCCCACUCUGGAGACCAUAAGGUCCCCCAAAGCAUUGGCGCUGUCUUAGAUGAUGCCACUGCCCCCGACAUCCCAUCUACCCCUAGCACCCUCAACAUAUCCACAGCCAGUGUUACCUCUUCCCAGUGCAGUCAGAGUAACUUUAGGAUGGAGGCACAUCCCUGUGGCCUGGAUGAAAACCUGGAUUCCCAGAGUGCUACUAAAGAGGUACACUUCACUGAGGCCGUGAGGAAGUUGACUGCAAAAGGCUUUGAGAAGAUGCCACGGCAAGGCUACCAGUUUGAACAGUCUUGUUUUGUGAACCCCAGCUUCCAGUGGGGUCUUCUCAACAGAAGCAGGCGGUGGAAACCUCUGAUGGGCCAGCGGUUUCCUCAGGAGGAUAUUGGCUUAGACAGUGAGACCCUUCCUGGUGCCUCAGACACCUUGGGGUUGGACAGUACAGUCUUUUGUACCAAAAGGAUCAGCAUUCACCUCCUUGCCUCACAUGUCCAUGGGCUCAACCCCAGCCCUACUUGUGGUUCUGUAGUUGACACCCAAUUACUUGGAGAAGACAGAGCUCCUGUUCCCCCUUCUUCCCUCCAGCCUCUUGGUGUAGCUGAAGUGGCCACUCGCCUUUCUUCUGUCCAUCUUGACCAGCCUGGGAAGGAGCCUGAGGAAGCCAAGGAGUUGAGCUCAUGUGCUAGGGGUAGUUGUUCAGCUACUGAACUCCGGCCAAACCAGGUGGAGCCUGAAGAUACAGAAGAUGAACUAGGAGAUGGUUUGGAAGAUAGCUGCAGCCAUGAUGAAAAUGAAGAAGAGGACGGAGACUCAGAGUGCUCUUCCCUAAGUAUUGUCUCCCCCAGUGAGUCGGUGGCAAUAAUAUCUCGGAACUGUGUGGAUUUAAUGUCCAAAUCCCUUCCCAAUCAUGAGAAAGUUGUACGACCAGCCCUCAUCUACAGUCUUUUCCCCAAUGUAUCCCCUACCAUCUAUUUUGGAACUCGGGAUGAAAGAGUGGAGAAACUUCCAUGGGAACAGAGGAAGCUGCUCCGGUGGAAGAUGAGCACAGUGACCCCCAACAUUGUCAAGCAGACCAUUGGACGGUCGCACUUCAAAAUCAGCAAGAGGAACGAUGACUGGCUGGGCUGCUGGGGUCACCACAUGAAGUCUCCUGGUUUUCGAUCUAUUAGAGAGCAUCAGAAGCUAAACCACUUUCCAGGCUCCUUCCAGAUUGGGAGGAAGGACCGGCUGUGGCGGAACCUGUCUCGAAUGCAGAGCCGUUUUGGCAAGAAAGAGUUCAGUUUCUUCCCCCAGUCUUUUAUCCUGCCCCAGGAUGCCAAGCUCCUACGAAAAGCCUGGGAGAGCAGCAGUCGUCAGAAGUGGAUUGUGAAGCCACCAGCAUCUGCUCGAGGCAUUGGCAUUCAGGUCAUUCACAAGUGGAGUCAGCUUCCCAAGCGCAGGCCCCUCCUGGUACAGAGGUAUCUACACAAACCCUACCUCAUUAGUGGCAGCAAAUUUGAUCUUCGGAUCUACGUUUAUGUUACUUCUUAUGAUCCUCUUCGGAUUUACCUCUUUUCGGAUGGACUCGUCCGCUUUGCCAGUUGCAAGUAUUCCCCUUCCAUGAAGAGUCUUAGCAACAAGUUCAUGCACCUAACCAACUAUAGUGUCAAUAAAAAGAACGCGGAGUACCAGGCCAAUGCUGAUGAGACAGCCUGCCAGGGCCACAAAUGGGCACUGAAGGCUUUGUGGAAUUAUCUGAGCCAGAAGGGUAUUAAUAGUGAUGCUAUCUGGGAGAAGAUAAAGGAUGUUGUUGUCAAAACCAUCAUCUCGUCAGAGCCUUAUGUGACCAACCUACUGAAGUUGUAUGUGCGGCGCCCCUACAGCUGUCAUGAACUCUUUGGUUUUGACAUCAUGCUGGAUGAGAACCUAAAGCCAUGGGUCCUAGAAGUCAACAUUUCCCCAAGCCUCCACUCCAAUUCUCCUCUGGACAUCAGCAUCAAGGGCCAGAUGAUUCGAGAUCUGCUGAACCUGGCAGGCUUUGUUCUGCCCAACAUGGAGGAUAUCCUUUCCAGUUCCAGCAGCCCCAGCAGCACCAGCGGCUCAAGCACCAGCCUGCCAAGCUCUCCUAGGGACAAAUGUCAAAUGACUCCAGAGCAUUAUACUGCACAGAAGAUGAAGAAAGCCUAUUACCUGACACAGAAAAUUCCUGACCAGGACUUCUAUGCCUCUGUGCUGGAUGUCUUGACACCAGAUGAUGUUCGGGUUCUGGUCGAGAUGGAAGAUGAGUUUUCUCGUCGUGGUCAAUUUGAAAGAAUUUUUCCUUCUCGAAUCUCUUCUCGUUAUCUUCGUUUUUUUGAGCAGCCACGAUAUUUCAACAUUCUCACCACCCAGUGGGAACAGAAGUACCAUGGAAACAAGCUCAAAGGAGUAGAUCUGCUCCGGAAUUGGUGCUACAAAGGCUUCCACACGGGGAUAGUCUCUGACUCAGCUCCACUGUGGUCUCUGCCAACAUCGCUCAUGACUGCCUCGAAGGGUGAUGGGACACCCAGUGCCAUCAACAAAUCAGAACGCAUCAAGUCAAGAAAGCAAAGCUGUUCCGAGGGAAACAUGCUGUCCUCUGAAGUUGGGACAGUAUCCAAGCCCAAGAAGAGUCAAAUUAGCCUUUCCCCCAUAUCCAGGAAGACUUCAUCCUCAAAGAACAAUGAGGACAUCAGCAAAGAGUCCAACCACUCUCCCCAGGUGUUACCUCUACUCAAGUACUCGGGGCAGAGUUCCAGACUUUCUACUUCCUCCGCUUCCCAGUCAGCCAGUGACUCUCUCCUGACGGCUGUGAGCCUAUGACUGGUCUCCUGCGCAGGAGCACUCAGCUACCUCAAGGGAACCGACCUGCUGAUCAGCCUGAGCCUCUAACCCCCUCCACUUUGCCCCUCAUCAGAGUAUUUUUUUGAAGUGGUUCUAUUGUAGAUACGGGCUUCUGGAGGGCUGAAGGGGUGAUGGGGAGAAGGUGAGGAAGGUUCCACCCUCUGUCACCUCACUGCCUGGCUGGUGCCUCAUGUCUUAGUAGAGCAGCCAGUGACGGCCAAGCAGCCUUAUAAAGCAGGGUUUGGUUUCUACUCUGAGAGCCAUGUGUGAUUUAUUUGAGGCCCUGGUGCAAGGCUUGAGUUGUUGCUCAAGAGGAGAAAACAUGCUAAACACACAGAAGUCUCUUGUUCUGUAAUUGAGAGGAAUUCCUUGAAGGUCCUGAUUUCCUUAAGUCUUUUGUCCCCUGUACAUCCUUGUCUUAAAGAGCCAUUUUUAGAAAGCUCCAGUGUUCUUCAAAGACAAGCAGGGGAAGCCAUGACAGGCUGCACCCAUUUCCUGGCAUCUUGGUCUUGGGGUGACCUCCAUAACAUAUCUGCAGUUAAGGUUCCACCCAGUCAGUAGCCCUCCAUUUUCUGUGACUCUUCCAGGACUCCGGUAAGGGAUCCCAGAUAUUUUGGUCACGGUUAUGUAGAGGAGGGUGGAAUGAGCUGUUUCUCCUCAAUACAGGAAGUCUGUUUUGCUUUGAGCAGGAUUUGGUGCAUUGGUAGGUGGGUUUGAACAGUCGUUCUUGUAGGACGGGCUUCUCAUCUCUGACAGUUAAUACUCAGCUAAAUCUACCUCCCUUCUGGACUCAGUGAACACUGAACACUGAAUAAACAGAGUUAACUGCAUACAGCUCUCCAAGCAUGCUGGCCCCUGAAUCAGAAGCAUUGCCGUCCUCUCCAGUGUGGGGAAGUAGAGUCCAGGGAAGCCCAAGCAGGAGAGUUUCACUUGAACAACGGUCUUUCCUAGCCUAGCACUCCCCUCCUCCCUGGGACCUGCAGUUUCUCUAGUUUUUCUAGCAGUGGGACAUAUAAGAAACCAAUUGGCUUUAUGUCUGAUAAACAAACUUUGCCCUUUGUACAACAGGUUGGAAGCCCAGCAACUCAGUCUCACCCUGGUCUUGUCCUCAUUCUUCUGAGCUUUGGAAAGAGGAAGACUCUUUUCUUGUGGCUCUCAGAGUCCUGUGGCCAAUUGGCACAAAGCCUGGAAAGAUAAGAGAGACAUGGUUAGGUUCAAGGUCACAGAGUAGGUAGGCCUUACGGUCAGUCCUGAGGCUUUGUUGACAGUUGUGAAGAAAGCUGGAUAGCAAAGUUCUAGGCAGUACUUCCUGUUCAACAAUAAAAGCCUUCAAAGUCAGUCCACAGCAGGAGGGAGAGAGUCCAUGGCCAUCCUGGAAAAUCUGUUAUCAACAGCCAACACCCUCUUGUCCUCUUGGUUACAGUAUUCCAGGGCACACAUGACAAAGGGUCAUAGUCUGCCCAGAGAAAGUAGGCUCUACUCAACAUUGUAUCUAAUGCAUGUCUUUGGUUUAAGCCAGUUUACUUCUUGAAAGUGGACUUAAUUUCUCACCCUGCCUCUGAGGAUCCCCCAUCACAGUCAGUUUCCAACCCUGCAACUGCAGAGAAGGACCAGUACUGCAGCAGUCUGGGGUCUACCAGAGGGAGGGGCUUAGGGACCCCUCAAUGAGAGCAGUGCCUGGUGGUUUGUUUUGUGUUCUGACCUCACUUUGUGACCCACACCUGCCUCAUAAAUGCUAUAGUCUAUAAGUUGUUGGGCCCAGCCACACACUGUAUUCAUUACAUUUGAAGGCUGAUGGAUCUGUUUUGUUAGUGGGAGAAAAAAUAAGGUUUCUGUAUCACCUUACCUCUCAUUCUUAAGAGUAAAAUUUUUAUAAAUUGUUUCACUGCAUAUUUUAGCAUUGGUUAGUCAACAAUUGAUAGCAUUUAGUUGAAUGAGGGAUUUU